AUGAGUGAAUCGAGUCCUCGGAUUUCUCGGCCCGACGCCAUCGUCGACCCGCGGUUCUGCGCUUCGUACCCGAUCGACCUCACGUUCUUCAUCGACACCUCCUGGUUGAACUGUGACCGCCUCGCCGUGACCGACACCAACGGCAACGUCGUCUUCAAGGUUGAAGUCCGUAAGCGGAGCCUCAGAAGCUGGCAUGUAGUCGUCGACGCUUCCGGCAAGCCUGUGAUCUCGAUGCGGGAGAAGCUGCGUAGCGUCAAUGACCGGUGGCAGGUCUUCAAGGGAGAUAGCUCUGAUCCUAAAUAUCUGCUGUUUAGCGUCAAGAGGAGUUCUUCUCUCCAAGUCAAGACCGUGUUGGAUGUGUUCUUAGCUGCCAACAUCAAGGAAGAAAUCGUAAGAUGA